AGAAGACGCACUUUUGCAAAACUUCAAAUUCCCAAAUAAAAAUAUAUAGUUUUAAGUUUAUUAGGAAAAUUUGUUUAUAAAAUAAUAAAGUUUUUAUGUGAAAAUAAUGUUAAUAUUGAAUUAAAAAGUAGCAGUUAGCAAGGUUUACUGAAAAAUGGCCCAAAGUACCACAAGCGGAACAUCUUCCAGAAAACACGCCAGAGACCACGACUCCGCAUCAGUCUCCUCUCGAAUUGGAGAUGUUUCUGAGUGGGAAGCAAACGAAUCUCUACGUCAACGAGAAUUGGAAGAAGCCAAAGGCCGUGCAGCACAAAUGGAAAAGACUAUGAGAUGGUGGUCCGACUGUACUGCCAAUUGGAGAGAGAAAUGGUCAAAAGUGCGUAAUGAAAGAAACAAAGCCAGAGAAGAAUGCAAGCAAUUGAGAACCAAACUAGAGAAUUGUCUAAAAGAAGCUUCUACUCACAAAAGAGAAAAAGAAGAAGUAGAAUUACAAAAUGAUCAAUUAAAAAAAGAAAUAGAAAAAAUUCAUAUAUUAAUGUUAAAGCAUGCUGGCCAAUUUGAUAGUCAAUUAUUUGAAGCAUUAGGAGAAGACCCUCUAAAGGAUUUUGCUUUCAGCAAUGGAUCUCCUGCAAAAGCCAAUCACAGGGAAAUUGUAUCCCCUCUAAGAGAUUUAUUAAGUGAUGGAGAACGACAAAAUGGCGUCUCAUCGAGCCAAAGCAAUCCUGAAUGUGAUAGUACAGGUCCAUUGGAUCAAGAUGAUGGAGGCAGUCCAAAAGGAGCAGUAGCGAAACAAAAAAAAUCAUCUUUACCACAGGAAGAUGACCCACAAAAAAUUUCCAUGCUGCAAUUAAAACUCGAUGAAGCUACAAAAACGAUUACUAUUGAAAGAGAGGAAAAAGAUUCUCUGCAUAGACUUUUGGAUAGGAUAACAAGUGAACUGCAAGAAGAAAAAGAAAAGGGUGAUGAACUUAGAGAAGCUAAGCAAGAAGCUAUGAGACAGAUGCUAACAUUGCAAGACGAUCAUGAAAAAGAAAUACAAAUGAUUAAAUCAGAUUUGCUAGAAGAAGCUAGCAAUAGAGAGGGCAUGGACAAAAAAUUGAAUGAUUUGAGAGCAGAAUUAGAAAAAUUGCAAGCUGAGAAUGCAGCAGAGUGGGCUAAAAGAGAACGGCUAGAAACAGAAAAAGUACAUUUAGAAAGGGAUAACAAAAAAAUCAGAAAUGAAUUGAGAGAUGUGCAAGAGAGACUGGAAAGGAAAGGCAAUAGGACAAUGAGCACUUCAGAUAUGGAAAUAAGGCAUUUGCAACAAGAAAUAUGUGAUAAAAAUAAAGAAAUAUUGGACUUAAAACAUUCCCAAAGCAGAUUAAAAAAGAUGCUACAAGACAAAAUCAGCGAUCUGGCUCAUGCGGUAAGGCGCGCGGAGCAAUACGAGGCGGAAGUGAAAAAACUAAGAACCAGGGUUGAAGAAUUGAAAAAGGACUACGCGGCAGCCGAAGAUGAGCUGGACAGUGCCCAAAACCACUCCAGGAAGUUGCAGAGGGCUAAUGAUGAACUUCAAGAACAAGUGGACAAUUUUCAAGUGCAGCUGCAACAUUUACACACAAGUAUGGAAAAGGAAGACGGUGGCGAAGAAAUGGCAGUUUUUGAUGAGGAAAACGACUGUAUGCAUGAUUUUGGCCUGGUACGAUUUGUGUAAAAAAUCUCUAACUCUGUGCAUGUGCCUCUUAAUAUUUUUGAGGAUUGUUAACUGUUUUUUUGUAAUUAUUUUAAGAUUGCGUAAUCACAAUGUGACAACACUGCUGUCACAUCGAGGCAAAGUUUUGACAAAAUCUGGCAGCGAUGUUGAGGACGACCUAAGCGAGUAUUUGUAAUUUUUUUUCUGAACUGAUUGUCUUUAGGUUUUAAUUAGGUUUUUCCCAAAUCUAUGACUAAUUUUAAGCUAACAUUUAUGAAUUUUAAUUAAUGUUACCUUCUUUUUUUACAUAAUUUUUCUUGUCUGUGUUAGAUUGUAUUGUGCAUUUUUUUUAAUACAGAAUGUAGUAUUGAGAUUUAUUUUUUUUAUAUUUUGUUUGUAGGCGUUGUUUUGAGAAAUGGAUGUAUAUUAUAGUUUAUUACUUAAUAUAUUUAAAAAUAUGAAAACUUUUCUAUAAUAACCUUAAUAGUAUAAUUCAUCAAAAUCAAUCUAUUGGGAACUCAAUAGAUCGAGUCAAUGACAUGAUGAGAUACAAUUCAAAUUGUAAAAUAUUGUGUUUCACUGAACAUUGGAGGAGUGCUGAUCAAUUGAAACACUAUUGUGAUAAAUGAAUUUAGUCUAAUUUCAAAGUUCUGUCGGGAAGAAGGUGAGCACGGGGAUCUGCAGUUUAUAUUAGAAAGAAUCUAAAAUCUAAGGAAAAAGUAGAUAUUGGGAAAAUGGCAGUGAGCGGAGUGUUUGAGUCUGCCGCAGUAGAAUGCAGUUUCAGUGAGGCAAUGUCAAUAAGCAUUUGUGUAUAUAGACCACCUUCAGGGAACAUUAUUUUUAGAUAAAGUAGAAUGUCUACUAAAAAAAAUUUUUCAAGAAAAAUUAAUAUUUAUUGCAGGUGAUUUUUGAGAACCUUUGAAGGACAAUUACACAAAAACGGAGCUACUUUCUAUAUUAAAUUCUUUUAAUGUAGGUAAACCAAACUAUUUUUGAAAAUACCAGAAUAGCAAAUAAUGCAUCAAGCUGUAUUGACAAUAUUUUUACGAAUGCUGAGUUUUUUAAAAGUGGGGUGUUUGAGAAUUUUUUGUCGGACCAUACUGCACAGAAAAUUGAACUUGAGAUCAUUUCAAAUGAAAACUCUCCCCCUGUAUAUGUUAGAUUAUUCACUGAGGAAAACAAGAAUAAUUUUCUGAGCAGUUUGAAUGAGCAGUACUAAGUAAGUGUAUAAUAUGCAAAAAAGUAAUGUUAAUGAACUAUGGAAUAAUUUCAUGAACACUGUUUUAGUACUUUUUAAUAAGAACUUCCCUCGAAAACUGUUAAAUAAAAAACCAUCAAAAAAGCCUACCUCAGGUAGUACAAUAUUAGCAAAAAUGGGAAAAAAUUCGAGGUCGAGGAAAGUCUUGAAGAUAUUGGAAAUAGUUACAAUGAAUUUUUGUUAUCAGUUAUUCCAGAACUUCUGGAUAGGUUACGAGAUGUCCCCUUUUCUUGCAAUAUAAAUAACAAUAUCCAUUCAAUUUUUUUGAGACUGGUAAUGCCAAAUGAAGUUCCGGAAAUUGCUGGUAAACUGAAGAACAAGCAUAGCAGUGGGAUAGAUGUGCUGUUAGGCAUCUGGUUUAUAUUUUAAUCUUUUAGGAUUGACAUUCACCGGGAGGGUUUUUAUAAGUUAAGGUGAGGUUUUCUGGCAAAUGGUUCGUGGAUAGCCAAGUGGACAGAAAACCAGCAUUUCAUGUAGCGGGUGUGUCCAGGUGUGUCAAAGUCAAUAUAGUCUUUCCCUAGCAUCGAGUUGUGUCUUCUAAUUUAUUCGUCCCUACCUAGACCUUCCAAGAUGGUAAUUGGUAAUAAUGAAACGACAUGGUGGCAAUCGGUGCUUUAUCGUAUUAAGCGUGUAAAGAGUGAUCGAACUUUUCGUCCUCCGUCAUUUUUUAUGACAGUCGAAAUCGCACGGAAAACGGGGACUUAGCCCGAGCCGGCGGUUGCAGCGACGUGCAAAAACACCUAAGGAUCAUACAGGUAGAGUGAGGUAUACACGGGAAACUGCAUUGGUAACUUGAAAACAUGUUACAAAAUAAGGUACAGACAGAAACGUUUGCGAACGUAACUGCGCCGGCUGAGUUCAACUUUUCCCAGCCUCAAACUUGGCCUCAUAGGAGGAAACGCCUGGAAAGGUACAUGUUUGUGAGCGGUCUGAGCGGAUAUGAGAGGAAGACAG